UCGACAUUGUCGAAAGCUACCAGUUUUACACAACUCCACCUGAAACUGAAAACUACCUUCUUUUUUCAUCAUCAUCUUCAUCUUCAAUUCAGACUUCGUUUGUCUCUCUCUGCCGACCUCCCGCCUCUUACUCAAUCCUCGCUGCUACUAAAUCUCAAACGCUGAACUCACUUCACAAUCCGGGCUGCCAUCAACUGCGGUCAUUUCCAUCGGAACUCCGUCGUCCAAUCGUAUCAAGGUCGUCGAUUCCUCCCAGGUCUACUUCUGACUCUUCCGACUCUUCUCUCUCAAUUUCAUCUGUAAAGAACUCGAAUUUAUGAUUCAUUGACUCUCCAAUGAUCAAUGGAGAGACGACUGCCGAGGCCGCCUCUCCCGAUCCGUCCCUUUCUUUCGAUCGCAAAUCGGACGGUGACGGUGGCGAUGCCUCGCCCCGAUCGCCUCCGUCGCGGUACUCGUCGUUCGGCGAGUCCGAGUACGAGCGCUAUUGCAGCGCCAACUCGGUUAUGGGCACGCCGAGCAUGUGCAGCACAAUCACAGUAUUCAAUGAUUUUCCGGAGCCCGAAUUCGGGUCGCUAAAAAGUUCGGGUUUUGUGGACGAGAGUGGUGGUUUGGAUAAUUUUAGUUUGGGAGGGAGGAUUGAGAGAAAUCGAGAGGAUCGGAGAGUUUCAGGUAGUGAUAGGAUUGAGUUUUGUAAGGAGGAUGAUGGUAUUGAAUGUCGGCGGAAUACAAACUAUGGGUCUAGUGGGUUGGAAUUGUAUGGCAAUGAGGAUGCUCAUGGAGUUGAUGGUUUAGAUGAAUUGAUGUCUUGGAAGCUUGAGAGUGGAUCGUCGGGUUUAAGGGGGGUUUCACAAUUGAAGUAUGGUUCGGAUAAUAGUGAUGAAGACAGUGAAAAGGGCAUGGAAGUGCAGAGAGGAUUUGUAGGAAAAGGGAAAGAUAGUGCUGAAUUUGAACGUGUGGUGGCCAGGAUUGAAGAGUUUGAUGGGGUAAAAAUGGAGUUCUGUACUUCGGAAUUUGAUGGAAGAGAGAUUGAUAGGGAAGAAGGAACCUCAUCUAGAAAUGAGUACUCAGAGGAUGAGGGGUCUAUCUAUGGUUCAGAUGAUGAGAAGAGUGGCUUUAGUCAACAGAGGAAUGUGCACUAUCAUCAGCAAGCAAAACCAGAGAAUGAAAAUCCGUUUCUUAUCAACUCAUCUGUAGCCUUUGGUUCGGAUGAUUGGGAUGAUUUUGUGCAAGAAAGCCAUGGAAGUAAUAUAGCUUCUUUAGCUAGGAAUGUGUUCCGGCACCAGAUAGAACAGAAGGUUGAAACUGAAAGGAAAGUUUCAAAUUCCACUUCCCUCGCUUCAGUCGAGCGUCAGAGUACAUGUCAGACUGAGCAGGGAAAAUAUGUGACAAACGUGCCCACAGAAAACGAACUAGUUCAAGCUGAUAAGAAAUUGGCAGAAAAUGUUAAUAGUUCCAUGGUCCCUGCUAGUUCUCCAAAUAUUAUUGAAACAGAAAGAGUAGAAGAUGUGAGGGACAUUCCUGUGGCCAGUUAUCAAGUCCAAGCUAUUGAUGAUCCGAUUGAAUUUACCGAAAGUUCUUUUACAACCCCAACUGGUUUUCAAAAUGUUCAAGAACCAGAGCAAGAAGGUUCAAGAGACAUUCCUUUGACCAAGAAUCAAAAUCCAGGUCCUGACGAAGCAGCAAAAGAAAGUCCUGAUGAAAAUGGUUUAAACAUUAUGGAUGAUGGCAUUUCUAAUGAGCAUACACGUGUGAAUGCUGGGGAUGUCAUUGGGAUUGAUGAUGGUCAAGAUUUAGGAAACAAAAAUUUGGGGAAUCUAAAAGUUAAACCAAAUCCCCUUUCUGAUAUAUCAACUAAUCAGCUUAGCAUCUAUGCAACCAGACCUCCUGGAAAUAUGAAGGGGAAAUUCCUUGUAGACGAUAAGCCAAGCAUGCCGACAUCAAUUUUUGAAACUAAAAUGAGGGAAAGUUCUGUUUCAGAAGAUCUCUUUGAAAACUAUCCUAAGCCCGUUAAGACAGAUAAUUUUGAGCUAAAUGAAUUCUACGAUGAGGUUGUUAAUGAGAUGGAAGAAAUUCUGCUCGACUCUGCUGAGUCCCCAGGGGCAAGGUUCGCUCAUGGUAACAGGAUUUUACAGUCACAGCAAUCUCUACCGUUAAGAGAUGGUGGAUCGACUGCUUCUACUUCUGGCACAGAUGAUGCUUACUUGUUCAAUCAGAAUUCAUUGAGAAUUGAUGGGGUCGAAGUGGUAGGUGCAAGGCAGAGGAAGGGAGAUGUCUCAUUCAGUGAAAGACUGGUGGGAGUGAAGGAAUAUACUGUGUAUAUAAUAAAAGUGUGGAGUGGCAAGGAUCAAUGGGAGGUUGAACGUCGAUAUCGUGAUUUCUAUACACUCUAUCGUCGAUUGAAAACAUUGUUUGCUGACCAUGGCUGGAAUCUACCUUCUCCCUGGUCUUCUGUAGAAAAGGAAUCCAGAAAGAUUUUUGGAAAUGCAUCUCCUGAUGUUGUUGCAGAGAGAAGUGUUCUCAUUCAAGAGUGUCUGCAAUCCAUUCUCCAUUACAGGUUCUUUUCCAGUCCACCGAGUGCAUUAAUAUGGUUUUUGUCUCCUCAAGAUUCAUUUCCUAGCUCCAUGGCAUCAAAUAUGGCCGACUCUAAUACUAAAAGGGCAUACACUGAAAACUUUUCCACUUUAGGAAAGACCAUAUCACUUAUUGUUGAAAUUCGACAAUACAAAUCUUUGAAGCAGAUGCUAGAAGCACAACAUUAUACUUGUGCUGGAUGUCACAAGCAUUUUGAUGAUGGAAAGACUUUGAUACGGGAUUUUGCACAGACAUUUGGAUGGGGCAAGCCUCGACUUUGUGAAUAUACUGGUCAAUUAUUUUGCUCGUCGUGCCAUACAAAUGAAAUUGCAAUCAUACCAGCAAGGGUGUUGCAUAACUGGGACUUUACUCAGUAUCCAGUUUCGCAGUUGGCUAAAUCUUAUCUGGAUUCCAUACAUGACCAGCCCAUGCUUUGUGUCAGUGCUGUUAAUCCAUUCCUUUUCUCAAAGGUCCCAGCCUUGCUUCAUGUUAUGGGUGUCAGGAAGAAAAUUGGCACCAUGCUUCCUUAUGUUCGUUGUCCAUUCCGGAGGUCAAUCAACAAAGGACUUGGGUCUCGGAGAUAUCUUCUAGAAAGCAAUGAUUUUUUUGCACUGAGAGACCUCAUUGAUCUUUCAAAAGGAGCCUUUGCAGUGCUCCCUGUGAUAGUUGACACUGUCUCAAGGAAAAUUCUGGGCCAUAUAACUGAGCAGUGUCUCAUAUGCUGUGAUGUGGGAGUCCCCUGUGGUGCACGACAAGCAUGCAAUGACCCUUCAUCUCUCAUUUUCCCUUUUCAGGAGGAUGAGAUUGAAAGGUGUCCAUCUUGUGAAUCAGUAUUCCACAAGCAUUGCUUCAGAAAGCUCAUGGACUGCAUGUGCGGGGCACACCUUAGGGUGGACGAGCCGGCACAACUCAUUAAGAGGGCAACCUCUGGGGUUGGUGCUGAGAUCAGUGGGCUUCUAGACUUGUUUGGAGGAGGGUCAAGUUCUGGAUUACUCUCUGGCUUAUUUUCGAAGGUGAAGCCAGAGAAGCCAAGGGAGCAUAAAGACGGUGACAAUGUGAUUUUAAUGGGUUCUUUGCCCAGCACUUCCUUAUAAUUCUUCUGUAUCUGCAUUGUAUCAUAUAUGCAUUUUGGCUUGAUUUGGAAUGUAGAAACUUCAUUCAUUGCACCUUUUGAUGUUAAAUAAUCAAAACUGGACAUCCCAACUUUGUUGUAGCUAAAUUCUUGAGGUUGGGCAAGAAUAUAUUCUUUUUGGCUGGCCCCUUUUUGUAAUGUAGAUGCUAGUCAAUAUAAGUGCUGUCUCUUUCAUUUGCUUGCUA